GCAACAGCACUAUACAAUACACGCUUUAGCAACAAGCAGACUAUUGACUGCUGAGUGCUGACCAUGGUUGUUGUGUACAGUGCACAACCGCGUUACUGACUACUAACUAGCGAGUGCAGUACAGAAAUGCUGUUGUGAUGUUAUAAAAUAAAAACAUUUUUUGUAUUGUUCUUACCUUAAUUAUUGAUGAUUUCAUUUCGGGAAGAAUACCUUUACAUUACAGUUUAGUGAUCUAAAAGGUAUAAAACAAAAGUAUGGGUUCCGAUGAUAAUCAAUUUGAUUCUAUGGUCGACAACAGUCAUCUUUAUUUAAAUGAUGAAGUUAUAAACAAAUAUAUGGAUCUAAUAGCAGCACGUUCACCCAAUACAGUGUAUACAUUUAAUACAUUUUUUUACUUAGCUUUGUCUGAUAAGGGAUAUUCUCAUGUUUGUCGGUGGACAAAAAAAAUUGAUAUAUUCUCAAAAAAAAAAAUAUUUAUCCCUGUUCAUAUUGAAGAAGACAAUCACUGGUGUUUGGUUUAUGUUGAUUUUGUUCAGAAAUUUAUUAAAUACUAUGAUAGCCUAAGAGGACGUAAUUUUAAAUGCCUAAAAUUAAUAUUGAAAUAUUUGAUGAUGGAACAUGUUGAUAAAAAAGGAGAAGAGUUUCAUCCUAGUGGUUGGUUAUUAAUGAAUGUGAAGAACUGCCCACAACAACUAAAUUAUUGGGAUUGUGGAGUAUUUGUUUGCAUGUUCGCGGAAUACUUAUCAAGAGAUGCUACACUGAAUUUUUCACAAAAACAUAUGGAUAGAUUUAGGAGACAAAUAGAAUUUGAAAUCAAGAAAAAAAAAUUAAGAAAAUCUGUAUCGGAAACUUAAGCUUCUAUAACAAAAUGUAAAUGAUGCAUAUUUCUACCUUAUACAUUUGUAGGUGUUAUUGAUGUUGGAAUAUCAUUAUGCAUAAUUUGUAUUUAAUGUUAAUAACUAAUAUGUUAUAAGUAAUUAUAGUUUGACAUAUUAUUUACUUAAAUUAUAUAUUGACGUAUUUAAGAUAUAAAUGUAUAAUACUUUAUUAAGCUUUAUUUUUAACCCAACACAAUUCCUAUACAAUACAAACAAUUUUUUAUAAUUAUAUAACUGAUUUUAAUUUAUAGUUGAAAGUAAUACAUAUUUAAAAAAAAAGUAAUUUGAUGAAUAUUAAUGAUUCAAUUUACUUAAACUGUAUUUUUAAAUAAAGUAUUUUAAAUUAGAUGUAUUGAUUCCUCAAUAAGUAAAUAACUAGUUCAUUGUUUAGUUAAGUGUAUUUGUUAAUUAUCCCAGCAAUUUAUUAUAAUAUGUUAAAAUAGUUAACCCAGCCAAUUUGAUAAUAAUAAUAAUAAUAAUUUAAUAUUAUUUUAAUAUUAACAGCAUACAAAUUUUUAGAAAGUACAAAAUAAUAUUUUGUAUAAACUAUAUAGAACAUGUUUUUAGAGCACGAAAAAUGCAAAUAAUGCUAUAUAGGUAUUUAUAUAAAGCAGUAGAUUUAUUUUUUUAAAUAGUUUUAAAAGAUUGUUCAGAUUGAAAAAUAUUACAAUGAAACCUUGAUUAUCCGGGGUAAUGGUGGGGAGGGGUCACACGAAUAAAUGAAAACCACGGUUAAUCAAGACUUAUUAUAAUAAUAUAAUUUUUUAUUUAAUUAUAAUUAGAAAUAUAUACAAUAAUGUUAUACACCUAC